CGGACGCUCGUGGCGGGACGUGGCGGACCCAGGACGAGUGGGAUCUGUUCCCAGAUGGAUGGUGACCCCUGAAGCCCCUUGGACGGCUACCUGCCUUUGACGGCCUCUCCGUGUAAUCCUGGUCCGUCCUCGGCCUUGGCGCAGGACUUCACCAUGUGGCGCAAGGCCCUGGGGGUGGCUCUGCUGGCCUUGACCACGGGUUACGUCUUCUGGCUGGACCCCGCGUUGCCGGAUUCCCUGUGGGAGCAUCUCUCGGGCUCCUUCCUGAACCAGCUUCGGGGGGAUCUGGGGUCCCCGGAGGGCAGCAUGGCCGAGGCCUGGGACGCCCUCAUCACCCAGCCAGCUAAGCAGUGGAACAGAGUUGCUGUGGGGGUCAAUGCCUGCGUAGAUGUGAUCCUCUCCGGGGCGAAGCUGCUGCAGGCCCUCGGCUUCCGCGGCCAGGGCGGGAAAGACCACUCUGUCUUGCGUUCCGCUGCUGAUCUGGAAGAAGCCUUCCUCCAUUUUAUGGGGAAGGGGGCUGCUGCAGAACGGUUCUUUAGUGACGCAGACGCCUUCCACCGCAUCGCACAAAUGGCGGCCAGCUAUCCUGAUGCCCAGUUGUAUGUUGGAGGAAAUGCCGCUCUCAUUGGCCAGAAAAUUGCAUCUCAUCCUGACUUAAAGGUUCUACUUUGUGGCCCAAUCGGGCCUAAACUUCACGAGUUGCUUGACGAGAAUGUAAUGGUCCCUCCAGAAUCCCUGCAAGAAUUAGAUGAAUAUCAUCUUAUUUUGGAAUACCAAGCAGGUGAAGAAUGGGGAGAGCGGAGAGCUCCCAACGCCAACCGAUUCAUCUUCUCCCAUGACCUGUCCAACGGGGCCAUGAACAUGCUAGAAAUAUUUGUAUCCAGCCUGGAGGAAUUUCAGCCAGACCUGGUGGUGCUUUCAGGAUUCCAUAUGAUGGAAGGACAGACCAGAGAGCUACGCCAGAAGAGGAUCCGAGAGGCCGUAACUUCCAUUUCUGACAUUCCCAUGGACGUCCCGAUCCAUCUGGAAUUAGCCGGUAUGACCGACCCAGACCUCAUGAGAGAAAUAAUUCACCAGAUCUUCCCUCUCGUGAACUCCAUCGGUUUGAACGAGCAAGAGCUGCUGUUCCUCAGCCAGGCGGCCUCGGGACCUCACUCCUCCUUAACUUCCUGGAAUGGUGUUCCAGAUGUGGCUGUUGUCAGUGACAUCAUUUUCUGGAUCUUGAAAGAAUACGGGAGAACUUCAGUUCAGGCUUCGGAUCUCACCCGGAUCCACUUCCAUACUUUGGCCUACCACCUCCUGGUUACCGUGGACGGGUAUUGGGGCAACCAGGUGGCAGCGGUGGCUGCUGGAGCCAGGGUGGCGGGGACCCAAGCUUGUGCCACCCAGACCAUUGACGUCAGCAAAGUCUUCCUGAAGGCACCACUGGAGUUCGCCACGUCCAAGAUGGAGGGGGCCUCCAGAGUCUCCUUAAAUCCGAAGGAGCCCAUAUCGGUAUGGCAUCAGGACGCCAUUACUUUCCAUUACACCCCCGUGCUGGUGUGUAAAAGCCCUCUGCGGACUGUGGGCCUCGGGGACGCCAUAUCUGCUGAAGGACUCCUGUAUUCAGAAAUCCAUCCUCAUUAAGAGGAGAUCACUCCAUCCUUCAGGCCAAGCAGGUAGAGGCUGGAAUUCAGAUUGGAUCAGGAACCAAAGGGGCAAAAAAAUAAAUGCUAUCCAAAUGCUUGGA